AUGGACAACAACGCCCAGCACACCCGCCCGCGCUCCAAGUCCACCUUCAGCUUCAAGAGCCAGAACAGCCACACGAGCGACCCCAACCGCCACGAUAGGAAGCAUCCGGCAUCUGGACACGAGAGGAAGGUCUCCGACAGCUACAAGCCCCACCUCACUGCUACCGGCAAGGCCGAUCCGAAUGCUGCCAUGAACGAGGUCCAACCCAUCGCCGCCGCGCUCGAGAAGCCCACACUGCAGUCUCUGCGCUCCUUCCAGCACACUGAUAAGGAUGGUGUUCCAAUUGCGGAGCCCGACCUUUCUAACCCCACACGCUCACGAUGGGAGCGCCCGCUCGAUACGAUCCGCUCUUUCGAGGCGGCCAUUGAUGGCGAGUACAAGCGCAGAGCACACACAAUCCGCGAUUCAUCCACAGAGGUGAUGAGCGGCUACAACAGCCGACGGAGCAGCUACUAUGGCGGAGGAGGCAACUACGACCAAGGGCGCUUCUCACAAGUUAGCGGAUACUACGGCAACCGACAAGUCGCGCGGGAAAGCUGGCCCGAUAACGGCCACGGUAUGGGCGGACCUGUCGGCGGAAUGGGAGGCCCUCCUCGAACACGCUACAACCGCAUGCAGUCCGACCCUGGGUGGAAUCGCUACCCGCACGGCAACGGAGUCUACCCCGUCCAGGGAUACCAGCAGUCACGCGACACAGUGAACACCAAUGGAUCUAACGGGAGCCACAGCGAGCCCUACUCCACCGAUCCCAGCAGCGAGAACAGCUCGAUUGAGCGCCCCGCAGGAGGGAUGAAACCCGAUUUGGGUGAGCAGUACGGAUUCAAUGGCUUUGGCGGAGGUCGCAUCCAAGAGGAACUCCACACCGGCUUGGGUCCUGUGAACAACGGCUACGCUGUGCAACGUCCUAACGGCACGCUAAAUUACGGCGCGCCGCCCGUUCCCAUGAAGCAAGGGCCGCCAGCACCGCCGGUGCAUGCAAACAAACCCAUCAAACUCACAAAAUCGAAUGACGCAGGCGCCGCCGAAAGCAGACCGGCGCCUUUGCAGCGCCAGAGCACUGAGAAACGCAAGAGCUGGUUUAAGAGGCGGUUCAGCAAGGACUAG